AUGCCACGUCGUUUCAGCAACGAGGUCGUGUCCGAGCGCGCCCGGUACGAGCACGUAUCGAGCCAUGCGUCUGUGGAGGAAGUGCACAUCGCCGUGCACUCGUACGACAUGUUUCAGUACGUGGUGUCGUACAAUUACGGCAAUUUGGGCGUCGGGAAGGUCUUCCGCUGCGUCUCGCACGAACAGUGCCCCAUUCGGCUGCGCAUGGUCCAAGUUCGCGACGAGGAGGAAGAAAUUCCAGUAAGCUAUCGCCUAGAAGUUUCCAGGGUUCACGGUACUACACUCGCCAAGAAGAAACCCGUGGGUAUUGUCCUGUGCCUGAAGGCGGAGGUCGACGCCCUGCUCAAAACUGGUUCCACCACCAAAACGUGCCAGGAGAUUCUCAUUAAAAAGUAUGAGGGUCAACCGGAGAUGUUGGCGAAGAUCCCCGACGAGGAGCAGCUCAGUAACCGUCGCGUGACUCUGGUGAAGAACGGGGUCGUAGCCAAAACGGGCCGCUGGAAGCGAGCGCGAACUCCAAGUGUCGAGUCGGAGAUUUCGGAGGAAAGAAUGGGAAGAGACAAUGAGGUGGAGGAGAAGGUGCAGCAUGACGACGGCGAAGCGGAUGAUCACUUUGACAAGACCAAGCUCAUGAAGGAGUUUGCGGCGUUCCCAGCACGUCCGGUGCUUUGGAACGUGCUCAAGGUCAGGUACAUCGACGACAAGAACGGCUCGAUGGUGACGCAGUGGCUGACUGGCCAGGUGAUCGGCUGGGAAACGGGUGAGCACAAGCCUGCCAAGUGGAUGGUGCGCUUCACCGACGGCGAAAAGGGCCGACUGGAGCUGGAAGAGCUAGUGACUAUGAUCCGAAUGUCCGUGCGACUGGGGCUGAACGUCACAGGCCGCCCUCUCGAUAUUUAG